AUGUACUACAGAGAUAACAGGAAUCUCCCUAUCAGAUGUCAGAGCAGAUCUGAGGGCCAUAAAGACUCCAGAAACCCUGCUGGUCUGACAGAAGGACCUGAGCCGGACCCGAUCGACAACAUGAAGCUGCCAGGGAUUCUGCUGCUCUGUUUCAGUGCAGUGUUGGACUGCUCGUCCUCUAAGGAAGCAGCUCCUGAUCCUGGCCGCCCCCCCGUCUGCGGGUCCACGCUGACCUUCUCCUCAGGGGUCCGGUCCUGGUCUGAAGGGAAUGGAAACAUCCACCGGACCUCUCUGUCUCCGUGGAGUUGGAGAUCGACCACGGUGAAGACCCGGAUCCCGUCCACCCUCUGGGAGGCCGAGUGUACCAGCCGGGCCUGCUCUAGUCCGGACUCAGGACAGACGGACGUCAAGAACCUGAACUCCGUCCCCAUCUACCAGAACAUCCUGGUCCUGGAGAAGAACGGCAGCCGCUGCUACACGGCCCUGUACCGCUCCGUGGCCGUCGGCUGUACCUGCGUCUGGGCCGAGCAGAACUAG